AUGCAGCUUAUGCGCUGGAGUAUUACCAGACGGCUGGAGAGCAGGGCCGAGAAGCAACGCCGGGACGCGAGGAACUGUCCUGUGUUUUCAGGUGAAGACAAUGACUCGGCAUCGGACGGCGAGGAGAGCGCCGGGGGAGCGGCUCCCGGCGACGAGGCGGUCGACCUCACUUCGGCGCGCUCCCAGCACGAGGACGAGCUGCUGCUCCUGGACGAGCAAGAGCCCCAAGACGCGGCCGAGGAAGACGAGGAGGAGGACGCCGACGAGGAGCAGCCCGAGGACGACGAGGACAAGGAGGGCUCCAGGAAGCGCAAGCGCCUCUGCCAGGACGCCGAGAACAACAACAGCUUCGUCGAGGGUGCCGGCCCGCCCCAGUCGGCUGGUCUGUUCGCCCCGGCCGGCACUAGUCACGUCACCCUCGAGGCCCUCCAGAACACCAAGGUCGCCGUCGCCCAGUUCGCGGCUACCGCCCUGGCCGGGGGCGCCGACAGCGAAGCGGCCCUCCAAGAGCUCGCCGCGCUCCAGAGCACCCUGUACACCCUGCAGCACCAGCAGGUCUUUCAGCUACAGCUGAUCAGCCAGCUCCAGCAGCAGCUGUCGAUAACGGCCCAGCAGGCACCUGGUGCCGCGACCACGGCCGCGGUGGCUGCUGCAGAUGCCGUGCCCUCGGAAGGCAGCAAGGAGGCCUCGCCGGCUGUGGCCACGGCGCUCAUACACCCGAAGCCCCUGUCCUCGUUGACCCACUCGCCGGCUCACUCGCGGCCCCCGAGCCACCACCAGCUGCCCCACCAGCAGCAACCCUCGCCCUCGAGUACGCCCGCGGAUCGUCGGAGCGCGUCUCCCGUGGUGCUGUUGAACUCGUCUUUCGCCGGUGCGGUUCAGCCGGCUAAUACCGUAGCCAGCCCACCCGUGACAUCGACGCCGACGCCGACCACGACGUCGAUGAUGCCGACGAUGGGCAGUAGCAGUGGUAUGAGCGGCGCCAUUCACGGUCCCCAUCAGGCGUCGGUAGCGCCCCCGUCCCACCAGGUGCCGGCAUUGUGCUCGAUCAGCUCGUCGUUGGCCUCGACGAUAAUCACGAACAACGACCCGAUGCCGCUCAACGAGCCCAACACCCUCGAGAUGCUGCAGAAGCGCGCCCAGGAGGUCCUGGACAAUGCCAGCCAGGGUCUGUUGGCCAACAACUUGGCCGACGAGUUGGCCUUUCGGGGCUCCAAGGGCUCGCGGAUGUCGCCGUACGACGGUAAGAGCGGCAACGGGCGCAGCGAGCCUUUUUUCAAGCACCGCUGUCGCUACUGCGGUAAAGUCUUUGGCAGCGAUUCGGCCCUGCAGAUACACAUAAGGUCGCACACGGGCGAACGGCCCUUCAAGUGCAACGUGUGCGGCAGCCGGUUCACGACAAAGGGCAACCUCAAGGUUCACUUUCAGAGGCACCGCGACAAGUUUCCCCACGUCAAGAUGAACCCGAAUCCGGUGCCCGAGCACCUCGACAAGCUGCACCCGCCCCUGCUCCAGCAAUUGGCUGCCUGUGGGCAGAGGCCCCCGAGCUCGCCGCCCCCGCCCUCGUCGCUGAUGGCCGGUCUCGGGGUCCCGUCCUUGUCCGGGGCGCCGGCGUUUCACGCGUCCAUGCCGCCCUUUCUGCAGCAGCAGCAGCAGCAGCAGCCCCAGGUACCUCCGCCAGGGCCAUUUGGGCUCGGUGUUGCGCCACCGGUCCUACCGGGGGGCUUGCCCCCGUCGCUCUACCGCGCGCCCCUGAUGAAUUCGCUGGUUCGCGAGGAGCAGGAUGCCCCGGCGGACCUGAGCAAACCGCUCCCGAUGGGCCCCACGACGCCCUCGCCGGUCCAAUCGCCCGGAGCCCACUCCAAUUCUCGUCAUUCCCUGAGCGAGCAGCAGCAGCAGCAGCAGCAGCAGUUCUAUCAGCAGUCGAAGCAGCGCGACGAGCUCAUCAAGCGCGAGAAGAUCCACUCGCCGCCCGCGACGCGCGAGCAGCAUACGGCGCGGCCCGUCAGUCGAGAGCGACCGCCGAGUGAAAGCAUCACCCCGAAGAACGAGCCCGAGGACGUGGACGAGGUUAACGACGAGGAGGAGACGGACGAGUUGUUUGACGUCGAAGCGGCGUCGCGGCGCUACCAUCUGAACUCAUCCUCGUCGCCCACGCUGGAGGCCAAGGUGGCUGCCGCUGGUGGGGCCGCCUCGGUGUUACACCAGCAGAUGUUCGAGGACUGCAGUAUGGAGAGCAAGACGAGCGGUGGAGGUGCUGGGGGUAGAUUGGACACGGAGACCGGCGGCGACAUGGAGGGCGAGGACGACAUGGACGAACAGCCGGAAAAUCUGUCCAGCCGCGCGACGAAUCCAGCCUCGAUGCUGCAACAGUCGAUGCACGUCUACCCGGGUGCCUCGCCGGCCAGCAGCAGCGCCAGCAGCGGCAACAGCUACCAGAACUCGUUCGCCAACAUCCUGUUCCCGGGACUGCCCCACCACCACCACCAACAACAGCAACAACAUCAACAACAACAGCAGCAGCAGCAGCAGCAGCAGCAGCAGCAGCGAGAGCAGCAGGAGCGCUCGUCAGGUGUGGGUGGGUCGGAGCUGUUGGAUCCAGCGCGCGAUCCUGCCAUCUACUCGAGUCUGCUGCCCAGGCCCGGAAGCAACGACAAUUCCUGGGAGAGCCUGAUCGAGAUCACCAAGACCAGCGAGACAUCGAAGCUCCAGCAGCUCGUUGACAACAUCGAGCACAAGCUCACGGACCCGAACCAGUGUAUAAUCUGCCAGCGGGUGUUAUCCUGCAAGAGCGCCCUACAGAUGCACUACAGGACCCACACGGGCGAGCGGCCCUUCAAGUGCAAGAUCUGCGGCCGGGCCUUCACGACCAAGGGCAACCUCAAGACCCACAUGGGCGUGCACAGGGCAAAGCCCCCGCUCCGGCUGCUGCACCAGUGCACCGUCUGCCACAAAAAGUUCGCCAACUCGUUCGUCCUCCAGCAACACAUCAACCUCCACACCAACGAUCCGACCGAGCUCACGCCCGAACAGAUACGCGCGGCCGAGGUGCACGACUUUCCACCCGGCUACCCGCACCAUCCGCUCGCGGCGUUCCUUCCCGGGGGCUUUCCGCCCCUCCACCCGGCGGCUGGCUUCCCCCUCGGUUUUCCCCCGACGGCCCGGCAACACGCCCUGGAGCGGCCCUCCCCUCUGCUCGACAACGACGUCGACUCGAAGGACUCGAUGCACCACUCCCAUCACCAUCACCACCAGCAGCAACAGUUGCAUUUGCAACAGCAGAUGUUGCAGCACCAGCUCCACCAGCGCUUCUUGGAGGAGCAAGCUGGCAUGGACGAGCCCGAGGACGUGGACGAAGAGGAUGAGGCGGCUGCAGCGGUAGAGGCUGAUCGUGGGGAGGACGAUGACAGGUGCGAGGACUCGCGCGAGAGGCGGAACAGCAUGGACUGCGACGGGGACAGGGAACAACAGGAGUUGCUCAUGGAACAGGACAACGACAACAAGGAGGGCAUCCGGGUUAUGUCGCCAGUGAUGGCCCCAUCGUUUUCCACGUCCUUGGCAGCUCUCGAAAGCCAGGUGCGCACAAUCACGACGAUGGCCACCAGCAUGGCCAACAACAACAACAACAACAGCCAUCACCAACACCAUCAGUCGCCACCGGCUCCUCUGCACCGGUACAACGGUAGCGAAAAGAGUAUCAGCAGUCCGUCGAACAACCCGGCCGGCUUUUCCUCGGCACCGCUUGAUCUGACGCCCCGGGCGUCAUCGACACCGAUAUCCGCGAGCUCGGCGCCAGUUUCGCCACCCAUUGUCCCACACAACCUCGGUAGCAGCAGCAGCAGCGGCCUACAUCCGACCAGCAUGUCGCAUCACAAUCCACCGCAGCCGAUGCAACAACAACAACCACCGCCGCCGCCACCACCACCACAUCCGUUCGGCAUGUUCGCCGGGCUGUUGCAAGCUGUCUCUACGCCAGGGGGCCCAGGUAUCAACAGCGCGCCAAGCGGACCGAGCCCAGUGAUGAGCCCCGGACCAGGAAUCGGUCCCCUCGCUUCACUGACGACCUCGGCCGUGCGGGCCGCCACCUCGUCGUACAACCCGCUGGGUCUGGCAGUCGGCGGCUCGGCAGUGCGCGGUAACACCACAUGCAACAUCUGCUACAAAACGUUCGCGUGUAACUCGGCGCUGGAGAUUCAUUACCGGAGCCACACGAAGGAGCGACCUUUCAAGUGCUCGAUCUGCGACCGGGGCUUCUCAACUAAGACAACUGAGGGAACGCCGGGGAAGCCGGUCGAAAAGUGCAGGUGCGCCGAACGCGCCCGCCGGAGUGCCCGCGAGAAGGCGCGCAGGAGACGGCGGGCCGAGGAGCGGCGAAGCGGCGUCCGGGGGCGGACUGGCGGCGACCUGCUGACCGGCGCCGCCGAGUUGACGACUACCGCGGCGGCGGCGGCAGUUAAGGGGGCGGUCUAUGCCCCCCCGCCUCACGGCUAUCCCCCCCUCGCGCCGUCCGCCCUCGGGCUGCUGGCGCCUUCCGACCCCGUCCUCCUGGGUAACAUGAAGCAGCACAUGCUGACGCACAAGAUCCGCGACAUGCCGCACCAUCUGUUCGGCGACUCGAAGCUGUCCGGCCAACAACAGCCUCCUGGAGCUCCGCCUUCGUCGCAGCAGCAGCCACUCGUGCCAACUAGUCAAGCCUUGCACGAGCACUUGCACCAGCCGAGGGAGACCUCGAGGAGUCCGAUAUCCGCCGACGAGUCGAACCUGUCGCUCCCACCACCGCCACCCCCCGUGCCCGUGGUCUCGCAGUCCCAACAGCGCCACCCCUCACCCGCACCGCUCGACGUGCAAUCGAAAAAACUGCCCGACAACGACCUGCCCGCGCCCAAGAGGUCGCCCAGCAUGCCCAGCAAGCACUUGUGCCAGGUUUGCAAUAAGAAUUUCUCCUCGUCCUCGGCGCUCCAGAUCCACAUGAGAACACACACCGGCGACAAGCCCUUCCAGUGCACCGUCUGCCAGAAGGCCUUCACCACUAAGGGCAAUCUCAAGGUGCACAUGGGUACCCACAUGUGGACCAACGGGGCGUCGCGUCGAGGUCGGCGAAUGUCAUUGGACAUACCCUCGCUGCCAAUCACGCCCAAGGACUCGGAGUUCCUGCAGCGCAGGCCGGAUCUUUUUUAUCCGUACCUACCCGCGCCCUUCCUUAACGGAAUGCCACAGAAGCUGAACGAGAUAUCGGCGAUCCACCAGGGCAGCAACGGCCUGCCCAUGCCCGGCCAGCACCCCAUGGGCGCCAACAAGUACGCCGGGCUGUUCGGCUCGGUGUACGCGGGUGGCUUCCCAGGUGCCAACCACCUCGACAUUGGCAGACAACUUUCGCCCCAGCUCGACAUGAUCGGCCCAAAAUCGGCAGCCCUGCCCGCGGGAUCACUGCUCUUUCAGAGGAGCUCCUCCUCGAGCCCACCCUCGCCCGUCCACUCGCCCGGCACGCCCUCGUCCAACACCGGCAGCCAGAACUCGGCCGCCAUGCCCUGGGAGCCACCCCGACACCCACAGCUCUACGACCGCGAGGCUGCGGUUGUCGCUGCUGCUGCCGCGGCAGCCGUUGCUCAGAGACCCGAGAGCGAGGACUCGCCGAGGCUGCUGCCACCGAGGGGCGAGGGCUUGGCUGCCUAGGUAGUUUUUCUCGUCGAGGCUACGUAUAGUACGAGCUGCCGCUGCUGCUCGCGAAUUUCGUCUCCUUUCCUGCGGACAAAAUUUGCCAGCCACGAGUGGCCCUGCGUUUAAUCAAUAAAAAAACGAGGUUCGUCGGAUCGCUUCGUUACUCGCUGGUGAUCGUCGACUUUCCCCGCGGACUGAGUAGCGCAUUUUUUUGUUUGUUUGCGUUUUGUAAUUUCGAAUAGAUUACCGUCGAUCGGCGGUUCGGUGUGAAUCUCGAAUGACGCGCGUGUGAGUGUGUUGUACGCGUGGAGCUCAUUGUUAUUGUACCUUCCCUUCCUCCCUUCCAGUCUUCCUCAACUGCGAGAACCUACAGUAGUGCGAGACAACCAUCGAGGUGUGAAAUUUCCUUUUGUUUUUUUUUUUAGUAUAUUGUUUUCUUACCCUUUUUUUCUAUUGGUACGGCAAACGUACGACAAAUCUCAAAUUGGGAAUUUCGAUGAACAACAAUGUGCACUUGACUGCGUGCACGCGACAUAUCUCUCGUGUGGGGAAAGAAAAGAAAAGAGCACUGCGGCAGAUGAAGACGACACCAUGUUCCUAUAAUCACACUAGUCUUGUAAUGUCGUGUAAAAAUCGGAUGGGAAAAUAUUGGCCGAUCAAACGAUGAUCGGUCGACCGAACGUCCGGAUUUGCUUUAGGGCUAUUUUAAUGGUACGUAGAUAAAGAGGCACGAAUCGAGCCUCCAUGCAAUAUUACUUCCUUUAUCCUACAGCGUCGAAAGUAUCAAAGUACUCGGACAUUUACAUGCAUUCCGUUUAUUGUCAUUACGUUACAUCCAAUUUUCAUUCAUCCAUCGUCGCAGACACAAUUUUGUCAUCGUGCUUUGAUACUUCAUUCCUUGGUUGGAAUAAAACAAAAAACAAAAAACAAAAAAAAAAACAAAACAAAAAAAAUAGUAAUAAAGUUACUCGUUGUAUACGUUUGUUAAAUUUCAUCGUGAUCACUAUUAUUAUUAUUCUUCCAAAAAUCGUUAUUCAUCUAUUUUGUACAUAUUAUACAUACAUGUAUAACAUAAGCAUACGAACGAGUGUGAUGGGACGCUGUGCGCGUAUAAAAAUAUUAUGUUAUCGUUUUAUUACAUGUAGUCAUCUCUUUUCGUUUUCGUAUUAAAUGAAACAAUCGUGUCGAUCUGCUUGAUUGCGAUAGCCAAGCUUGAAUCGUGGCGUCUAUAGACUGAAUUCCCAAUUUUCAAAAUAAUCGAUAUCGUAAAAGUGUAUUGGAAGAAAAUUGCGACGCCGCGUCUUGAUGCCGAGCUUCGUUAUCCAAGACCGUCCACUUGCGAGAGUUCGCGAACGAUGAAGCGAUGGUCUUUUACACUUAGGCUCUAAGCUAAAAAUGUAUGGAAAAUGUAGCAAAUUAUUAAACACAUGGCAAAUAAAAAUUAUUGCGAUCAAAGUAUGUAUAUGGGAUAUAUAUUAUAUAUAUACACAUGUGUAUAUUAUAAAAAAAAAAAAAUGUAUUAGAAAACGAGCGAUAAUCGAAGUCGAGUGUUAUUUGUAAUACGAUGCAAUGAGUGAGCGCGUGAUGUAUAAGUUAUACAUUUAUUAGGAAUUGUCGCGAGAGAAAAGAAGAGCUAAAGCAAGUGGGAGGAGCGUUAUACAGACGAGUUGUAAGUAGAAGCGGGCCCGGCAGCGCCCCUCGCUGUGAUAUGAUUUUUUUUUCAGUGUAUCAGAGGAGAGCAGCCUGCAAUCACUAAACCAAUGUACUUAUAUCCUGUAUCAUAGUAUUAUAAAUAUAUAUAUAUAUGCAUAUAUACAUAUAAAACUAAUAAAUUGAUUAUUGCAUUCUAUCAAUAUCGUGCGUAGAGUAAUUGUGUGUUUGUGAGUUGAGUUCAAGAGCAAUGAUUGUUUAUAAAUUCGCACGUUCGAACGUUGCGAGAGUUAAGUAGGCACACGAGAUUGCGCCGGUAUGGCUUUCUCGCGAAUCUCCGUAUUUUCUUUUUUUUUAUUUACAUCAAAGUUUUUCAGUGACGAGCUCGUUGUGUAUUUUUUUUUUUUUUUUUAAUUAUUUUUAUGGUUAAUGUGGUUAAUUAAAGUUCGACGCUUUCUACUGUAAUUCCCUGUGUUUUAGUUUCAAUGAAGAUUUUAAAAAUACAAAAAAGGAACCAAAGUCUCUGCUUUUUUUUUUUUUAAUCAUCAACAAUGUUAUUUGCAUUUUUAGUAAUGUACAGCCAGUGUGUUUCUUCCCUCGGCGGUUAUUAGCCUGCGCACGAAACAAGUAUAAAAUGGUGCUCCGGCGCAAGCGAGAGAGGAGCAACGAGACCGCGUUUAUCGUGCAAUUAAAAAAAAUCUUCAAUGCGUAUAAUACAACGCGUGUACCGUGUGAUUGUAAAUUAAGUCAUGAUAUUGAAAAAUAAGGGUGCAUAAUUUUUCAUACAAGUGCGGCUCAUCCCGAUUUUUACUGAUUCGUUGUACAUUAAACUUGGGAGAAGCGAGAAGGGAGAGUUUAUGAAUACGAGACUCGUGCAAGACAAGACGAGAAUACGUAAUCGAAAUGAGCGACGCAUGUCCGGUCUCUUUACAUUAUUGUCAAAUCAACAAAAGAAAAAAAAAAAAAUUAAGAAAAAACGUGUACAAGUACACGUGUAACUAUAUAGAUUUUUUCAAAGCGCAGUUUAAAUAUAUUUCAUUCGACUUUGUACACAGCACGCAUUAAAACAAAAAUAAAGCAUAUCGAGCGUUUUUUGUAUCUCAGCAGAAUCUCAAAUAUAUUUAUACGUGGGUGACCUAACUUUGUUCGUAAACUCACAUUGUACAAUAUUAUACCUAUAAUUAUAUUCCUGAAAAAUGGAGCAUCAAAAUAACCUGGACGUUAUUAAAGCGUGAGCCGACAAACAAGUAGAAUUUUUUAAGGGUCGCGAGUGCAAGUCGUCCGAUAAAACAGUCAAUAUAUUCCUAUGAAGUAAAAGAAAACAAUCGUACUUUUUUAUCGGACACAAUUUUUUUCCUUUUUUUUUUUUUAAAGUUACAAAGUAUGAAAAAAAUUUUUUUUUUAAUAAAAUAAAUUAAUACUCAAUGAGCAUAAACAUUUGAAACUGAUUAAAGUAUAUGACGAAAAUGGUGAUAGCGUCAAGCGUUGUGUAUAGUAAUUAAUAAUCGCAACAAUGAAUAAUAUUAUAAAAACAAUAAACGUAAUGGCAAAAGAUUUGUGUUUGUGCUUGACGGGAAAAAAAAAUCAAACAUCUCACGGAAUUUUCUUUUUGAGGGAACUCAGUGCACGAGCAGUGUGAAUGUGUGCGUAAACGGUAAAAGUAAUAUAUUUGUAAAUACGUGCGAAAAUACGCGUAAUCGCAGAAGAGAACACGACGCGAAUCCGUAAGAGAGAAAAUGAAAGUCGAUGUACACAUUAAUUAAAAAAUAAAAUUAACAAGUUUAAGCAAAACAAAAAAAAAUAUGCGUUAAGCCGUAGACUUAAUGUAUAUUCAUUAAUUAUUGUAAAACAAUACCGAACUCUUUAAUCGCCUCACGGUCCUUGUGAAUAAUAUGAUGAAUGUGGUAUGCCCGUCGUUGUUGAAAUGAUGAUCGAAACAACAAAUAUGAAUGAGAAAAAAUAAAAUAAAAAUAAAGAACAUUGCUUGUCGAUUUUGUUUUCUGUAAAUAUUGUAUAAUCCGUGU